GAGUAAAGAUUAAAGACACUCGUACACAGCUACAGAAACCCCAUUUCUACACAUUCACACUAAACCCCCAUUUGCUCUGAAUGUUAUUCUCAGAUGUUAAGCUCAGAAAUUUCACUCUGUUUCUGCUUGAUUCACUGAAACAAGUGCAACAAUGAGGCAGAGGGUCUCUUAUGGUCCAGGCCUCCUUACUCUUACUCUACUUUUCAGUCUCUGUGUAUAUGAGUCCCAAUGUGGGUCAGUUGGCGAUGUGGAGGCAAUUGCUCCUGAUAUCUCAUCCAGUGUGAACCCUCAACCUUUUCUGCCUUUAUUAGCACCUUCACCAUUGACACCAUUCACAAAUGACAGCAUUCCGACAUUAUCAGGUACGAGGACUCUGUACAUUGAAUUUUACAGCUGCCAGUGAUAUGAUGAGCAAAACAGCAACGGACUGCUGGGCCUUUUUUGCGCCCGUAUUGGCUAAUGUAGUGUGUUGUCCUCAGCUUGAGGCCACCUUGACCACUCUUAUAGGGCACUCCAGUAAAUACUCUAGGAUGCUCUCUUUGAAUAUAACUCACGCAAAGCACUGCCUCUCAGAUGUUGAGAAGAUCCUAGAGAGUCAAGGAGCCAAUAAGACUGUUCAAAAGAUUUGCUCAAUUCAACCAAAAAACCUCACUGAAGCUUCUUGCCCUGUUACAAAGGUUGAUGCGUUUGAGAGCAUUGUGGAUUCUUCAAAACUACUUGCUGCUUGCCAAAAAGUUGAUCCUGUCAAUGAGUGUUGUCAGGAAGUUUGCCAAAAUGCCAUAUUAGAUGCUGCUAGAAAACUUGCUGAGAUUGGUAUUGCUGCAAAUUUGGAAGGGGUCCAUUCCGUACCUGAACAGUCAACCAGGAUAGAUGAUUGUAAGAAUAUUGUGCUGCGAUGGCUAGCGAGUAACCUUGAUCCUUCUUCUGCAAAUAAGGUCCUUAGAGGACUUUCAAAUUGCAAAGUAAAUAAAGUGUGUCCUCUUAUUUUCCCCAACAUGACACGUGUUGUGAAAGAAUGUGCAAAUAUGAUAACAAGCCAGGCUGCCUGUUGCAAAGCAAUGGAUAGUUAUGUUUCCCAGUUGCAAGAGCAGAGCUUUAUUACAAACUUGCAGGCCUUAAAUUGUGCUGCAUCACUUGGAGUGAAGUUGCAGAAAGCUAAUGUAUCCAAUAAUGUUUAUCAACUUUGUCACAUAAACCUCAAGGACUUCUCUCUUCAAGUUGGAUCACAAGAGUAUGGCUGCCUUCUGCCAAGCCUGCCUUCAGAUGCAACAUUUGACAAAACUUCAGGAGUCAGCUUCAUUUGUGAUCUUAAUGACAACAUUGCAGCUCCGUGGCCCUCUUCAAUUUCUGAACCUCCAUCGUCCUGCAACAGAACAGCUACCAAAAUCCCAGCAGUACCCAAAGCAACAUCUGCACAAAGAGGUCUUUACAGGAACUUGAUGCUCCCUUCCUUAUUUUCUUCCUUGGUGAUUCUCAAGCUGCUUCUCUGAAUUUGGUAGCUGAUUGUGAUUCUUUGUUUCAAUUGGUUUUAAAGAUAGCUUUACAUACCAUUUUAGGAGUCCUUUUGUACAUCUGAUAUGGAGAUGAACUUUAACAUUUACGAGUUUAGAUAGCAUAUGACAAGAAACAGUUGAAAUAUUGAAAAUUUAGGUGGAGCAGAAUAUGAAUGAAAGAAAGCUUAUGAGCACU